CAGAGCAAUUAUUUUAAUUCUAAAAUAAUCACAAUUAAAUAAUCUUUUCCCAUUUGAAUAUUCAAUUUGUUCAUAUAUAAAAAAUAGAAUUUGGGAAAUGUGGAGGGGCCCUGGAACUCCAGCUGAUUCCUUCUAUCAGGUCCGUCCUGAAUGCACCGAUGUUCCCAAGACCAAAUUUAGAAUUAAGAUUGGGAAAACGUUAAGUCCGCGGAAGUGGCACGCGACAUUUAAUCAAGAAGGUUACCUUGACAUUGGAAAAACACUCAGCAGAAUUCAUCGCGGGGGAAUACAUCCUUCCAUUAGAGGUGAAGUUUGGGAGUUUUUACUGGGUUGUUUUGAUCCCAAAAGUACAUACGCCGAACGUAACCAAAUAAGGGAACACCGAAGGGCACAAUAUAGCGUAUUGAAAGAAGAAUGCCACCAAAUAUUUUCGUUGAUAGGGAGUGGCAAAUUUGUAACGGCGCCGAUAAUAACGGAGACCGGCGAUCCUAUUCUCGACCCCCUUGUACUCCACCAAACUGGGAACAACAUGUUGAAGGAAACGGACCAAAGAAUAAUUCAGUGGAAAUUGACAUUGCACCAAAUAGGUCUUGAUGUGGUAAGAACUGAUAGAACACUUGUGUUUUACGAGAAGCAAGAGAAUCUUGCAAAACUUUGGGACAUUCUAGCCGUUUAUGCCUGGUUCGACAGAGAUGUUGGUUAUUGUCAAGGAAUGAGUGACCUUUGCUCCCCAAUGAUAAUUCUUCUUGACAAUGAAGGGGACGCCUUUUGGUGCUUUCAACACUUAAUGCGCAGACUCCGAGGAAAUUUUAGGUGCACAGAUAAAUCCGUUGGCGUAGAGAUACAACUUACUAAUCUUGCUUCUGUCACCCAAGUUAUUGACCCUAAACUCCAUCAACACUUAGAGACAUUGGGCGGAGGCGAUUAUCUAUUCGCAUUCAGAAUGCUUAUGGUUUUGUUUCGUCGCGAAUUUUCUUUCGGAGACUCGUUAUAUUUAUGGGAGAUGAUGUGGGCUUUGGAGUAUGACCCUAAUUUGUUUUUGACAUAUGAAGACCCUGACUCUUCCACUGAAAUAUCUGAAGGCUCUAAAGGCCAAACCAAAGCAAUUUACCAAUGUGGGAAAUAUGAGAGGGAAUACCUUAAAAAUGCUGUAAAAAGUAAAGAACCUCCUCUCCCUAUAUCUGUUUUCCUUGUAGCCAAUGUCCUCAAAGAGAAAAGUCCCAAGUUGUUGCUCGAGGCUCGAGGACUAGACGACGUCGUUAAGAUAUUAAAUGACGUAACGGGCAAUUUAGAUGCCAGAAAGGCGUGCACGGGCGCUUUGAAACUUCACAAGAAGUAUCUUAAGAAGGUGCAGGCUGCUAAGAGUGCUUGAAAUGGGAAGAAAACACACACUUUAAUUUAUUAGCUUCCAAAUUGGAUGGUACAUUUUGGCAGUCUCAAUAUUCUUGUGACAAAAAGUUUUCAGUACUUAUUGAAGAACAAUAGAUGCAUGUGAGCACCUUCCACUUUUUUUGUGUAGUUUAUUAUUGUCCAAAAAAGGGAUCAAAAGCUAUAACUAGAAAGCUAAACACACUAGUUGUAAGUAGAAAAGUUUUGUUAACCUAUGAUGUGAUCUUAUAUGGUCAAAAUUAUUACAUCCUCUCUGCAAUAGAUCUUCUGACAUAUU